AUGGUUGUAGUUCCAAAGGGAACUAACGAUAUCCGAUUAUGCAUCAACAUGCGAUACCCCAAUCAAGCCAUACAACGGGAGCAUUACCCACUGCCACUCAUUGACACGCUGCUUAACAAGCUGAAAGGAGCGACACUGUUCUCAAAGAUCGACAUAACCUCUGCAUACUAUCAUGUGGAGUUGCAUCCAGCGUCGCGCGAGAUUACUACAUUCAUGACGAGUACAGGUCUAAUGCUGUUCAAGCGAUUGAUGUUUGGUAUAAACUGCGCACCCGAGAUCUUUCAACGGAUUAUGUGUGAAAUGUUGGCUGGCAUCGAGGGCGUCGUAGUUUAUCUCGAUGAUGUGGUUAUUUGGGGAUCAACCGCUUACGAGCACGAUGAGCGGCUACGAAUGUUUAUGGAAAUUCUUGAAGAAAAUCACGCGUUGCUGAAUAAAGAGUAA